CACACAAACAAAAAACAAAACGCACAGUCUUUGUUUACAAGUAAAGUUACAUAAAAAUAGAAAAUAAAAAACUCAUGACGUGUACAACGAUAUCAUAUGUGAAAUCAAAACAAAACAAAACCAGUAUAUCGAGUAUUUUCAUAUGGGGGUUACUUGAUCCGCCUAUCGAAGCAUAAAAUGCGUCAUGAAUCUCUUACAACAGAUGACGUCAUGUCUCAUCGAUAACAUGUGGAUCGCUAUCUAUGCUAUGAAUUGCUUACAUGAUUUACUGUCGGAUUUAACUGGCGGCAAUGCUGCAUGCUAUGGAUGUUGUCCACUAAGCUAAUGAUGGGGAUCGUAGCACUACCCUGCACACAGACAUGGAAUGGAUCUGCCUAGUCCAUUAUCAGAAGAGUGACCGGGACUGUUCGUCCCGUCAGAGAAGUGUCUCGAGAAGCAUUACAAGGUACUGAAUGGGCAGAAGAAUUUUUUUAACUGACUAUCCCAUCAUUGCCUGCUGUUGGAGACUGAACACUUCAUUAAAAAUUGCUGGGGUGUAGCAAUCAGUGGGUGUCAUCAUUUGCCCUGAGAAGAGUCAGAGAAGUAUUCAUUUUUACUGUAAAAAGUUUAGUUCAUGUAAAGAGCAUGAAGGAAGAUUUUACAGUUAUCUCCCUUAGACUAUGUAAAUUAUAAUAAACACUUGCUAAUGAUGUUAUUUUACAUAUUAAAUGUUGUUUGAAUGUUGUCAAUUUGGUUUGUAGUCAAAUAUGAGUUAUAGCUGCCUGUAUUGUACCAGUUUACAUACAAUUACCUACAGAAUUAACAGUAGAUUACAUGUACCUGACAUGAGUUAUAGCUGCCUGUAUUGUACCAGUUUACAUACAAUUACCUACAGAAUUAACAGUAGAUUACAUGUACCUGACAUGAGUUAUAGCUGCCUGUAUUGUACCAGUUUACAUACAGUUACCUACAGAAUUAACAGUAGAUUACAUGUACCUGACAUGAGUUAUAGCUGCCUGUAUUGUACCAGUUUACAGACAGUUACCUACAGAAUUAACAGUAGAUUACAUGUACCUGACAUGAGUUAUAGCUGCCUGUAUUGUACCAGUUUACAGACAGUUACCUACAGAAUUAACAGUAGAUUACAUGUACCUGACAUGAGUUAUAGCUGCCUGUAUUGUUCCAGUUUACAUACAGUUACCUACAGAAUUAACAGUAGAUUACAUGUACCUGACAUGAGUUAUAGCUGCCUGUAUUGUUCCAGUUUACAUACAGUUACCUACAGAAUUAACAGUAGAUUACAUGUACCUGACAUGAGUUAUAGCUGCCUGUAUUGUACCAGUUUACAGACAGUUACCUACAGAAUUAACAGUAGAUUACAUGUACCUGACAUGAGUUAUAGCUGCCUGUAUUGUACCAGUUUACAGACAGUUACCUACAGAAUUAACAGUAGAUUACAUGUACCUGACAUGAGUUAUAGCUCCCUGUAUUGUACCAGUUUACAUACAGUUACCUAUUGAAUUAACGGUAGAUUACAUGUACCUGACAUGAGUUAUAGCUGCCUGUAUUGUACCAGUUUACAGACAGUUACCUAUUGAAUUAACGGUAGAUUACAUGUACCUGACUCUCCAGGAAUGCAUUUUUACCUGAGUGAUUAUUGCUGUUGGUCUGCAUACAUCAUUGUGUUUCGUCUGUCAUGCAUUACCAAUUGAGCAUGUUAUAUACCUGUCUUUAAAUGGGACGUUUUAUGGUACAGCAAUGUCUGUAUGUCUGUCUGUAGAUGGGGUGUAUUAUGGUACAGCAAUGUCUGUAUGUCUCUCUGUAGAUGGGACGUAUUAUGGUACAGCAAUGUCUGUCUGUAGAUGGGACGUAUUAUGGUACAACAAUGUCUGUAUGUCUGUCUGUAGAUGGGAUGUAUUAUGGUACAGCUGCCAGCAAUGUCUGUGUGUCUGUCUGUAGAUGGGAUGUAUUAUGGUACAGCAAUGUAUGUAUGUCUGUCUGUAGAUGGGACGUAUUAUGGUACAGCAAUGUCUGUAUGUCUGUCUGUAGAUGGGAUGUAUUAUGGUACAGUAAUGCUUGUAUGUCUGUCUGUAGAUGGAUGUAUUAUGGUACAGCAAUGUCUGUAUGUCUGUAGAUGGGAUGUAUUAUGGUACAGCAAUGUCUGUAUGUCUGUCUGCAGAUGGGAUGUAUUAUGGUACAGUAAUGUCUGUAUGUCUGUCUGUAGAUGGGAUGUAUUAUGGUACAGUAAUGUCUGUAUGUCUGUCUGUAGAUGGGACGUAUUAUGGUACAGCAAUGUCUGUAUGUCUGUCUGUAGAUGGGAUGUAUUAUGGUACAGUAAUGUCUGUAUGUCUGUCUGUAGAUGGGACGUAUUAUGGUACAGCAAUGUCUGUAUGUCUGUCUGUAGAUGGGAUGUAUUAUGGUACAGUAAUGUCUGUAUGUCUGUCUGUAGAUGGGAUGUAUUAUGGUACAGUAAUGUAUGUAUGUCUGUCUGUAGAUGGGAUGUAUUAUGGUACAGCAAUGUCUGUAUGUCUGUCUGCAGAUGGGAUGUAUUAUGGUACAGCAAUGUCUGUAUGUCUGUCUGUAGAUGGGACGUAUUAUGGUACAGCAAUAUCUGUAUGUCUGUCUGUAGAUGGGAUGUUUUAUGGUACAGCAAUGUCUGUAUAUCUGUCUGUAGAUGGGACGUAUUAUGGUACAGCAAUGUUUUUAUGUCCGUCUGUAGAUGGGACGUUUUAUGGUACAGCAAUGUAUAUAUGUCUGUCUGUAGAUGGGAUGUUUUAUGGUACAGCAAUGUCUGUAUGUCUGUCUGUAGAUGGGACGUAUUAUGAUACAGCAAUGUUUUUAUGUCCGUCUGUAGAUGGGAUGUAUUAUGGUACAGUGAUGCUUGUAUAUCUGUCUGUAGAUGGAUGUAUUAUGGUAUAUCACUGUAGGUAGGACGUAUUAUGGUAUAUCAAUGUCUGUACGUCUGUCUGUAGAUGAGAGGUAUUAUGGUACAUCAAUAUCUGUAAGUCCUUUUGUAGGUGGGACGUAUUAUGGUACAGCAAUGCAUGUAUGUCUGUCUUAGGAUGGGAUGCAUAGUCCACCAUCUGAAUGCUUUGUCAUGAUGUAUGAAAUGCCCUCUAAUUUCAGGAAUUUUGGGGUCCUCGGGGGCUGAAUUAAGGUUCCAUUCCCAUGCUAAAAAAGCAGCUCCCUGGUCCUCAUGAGAUGGUGACACCCUGCAGUAGGAGCAGUUCCUAUCGGUAUCUCUUAAAAGCAGACAGAGGUUUUCUUAGCAUCUGAUCCAUUUCUGGAGACAAAAUUUUGUAUGGAGCUGCUCCCUGGUCCUCAUGAGAUGGUGACACCCUGCAGUAGGAGCAGUUCCUACUGGUAUCUCUUGAAAGCAGAGAGAGGUUUUCUUAGCAUCUGAUCGAUUUCUGGAGACAAACUUUUGUAUGGAGCUGGGUAACAGUUACUUAAGAUGUCCGGCUGAUUGACGAGGAUAGUUCCCUAAGACUCUGACAAUCUGUAGGACUUGGAUAGCUCUAUUGCGAUAGAAAAUGUCAGGACGGUGGAGAUUUAGAUAAGUGGUGUGAUGUUAUUGAUGGUAAACAGAAGACUGUGACCUUGAAUCUGAAGAUCUGUGAUGAAGACUGGACGUUUGGGGUCACUCUCUGUUACAGUACUACAAAUCUAACAGUGCCACACUCAGCCACAAAGAGGUUGUCUCUGAUGUCCACACAUAAACCCCGUGGAAACUCUAAAUCACAGUGAAUGUAACGGAGGAACUGUCCGUCCUGAUCUAGGAUGUGGAUACGGUGAUUGUUAAUGUCUGCU